GCUUCCACUUGUUGAAUGAUCAGGAACACUGCCUCGGACCCCAGAAAUAGCAGUUGGAUCCUUGGAUCGAAGGAAAUAGACAGGAUCCGAACUCCCUCCCUUGGAACAUGCAGGGGCCACGUGCAGAGCCUUCCAGAACCGUGGGCCGGAACCUGCUGUGGAGUUGGUCACCAUGCUGAGCCCGAGGAGGGGGCUGCGGGGGGCGACGGCCCUGUGACCGGCCGCCGCUUCUCACCUGUCUCGGUCCAGCCAGGCGGCCACCAGACACCCAGAGCCCCAGAAAACCCCCGACAGGACCAGGUGGAGCAGACAUCUCCUCGCCGUCCUGGAGAUCUGGCGGGACCCGGCUUCCCAGCGCCGCCUGACCGGCUGGCGAAUCACCAAGCCUGCCCUCUUCCUGGCCUGGCUUCUGGAAGACAUUCUCCGGGAAUAAUCCAAACGUGCAUGUGUUUCACCGAAUUUGUACUCGUUUUAGACCUCAGCGAGCCUCCUUUGCUAAAGAUGACAGUGAGGCCAGAGGACGACGUGGACCUGGAGACGCUGGUGAACGACAUGGAUGCGUCCCUGGAGAGCCUGUGCGCGGCCGCGGAGACGGCGCCCCUCCUGCACAACGGCCGGCAUCCCCGCGGCCGGCCCCCCGGAGCAAGGCCCCUGCAGGGGCAGGUGGCCCCGCGGCAGAGGCUGCAACGGUCCCAGCCCAUGCACAUCCUUGCCGUCAGGCGCCUGCAGCAGGAGGACCAGCAGUUGAGGACGUCGUCUCUGCCGGCCAUCCCCAACCCCUUCCCCGAGCUCUGCGGCCCCAGGAGCCCCCCUGCGCUCACGCCGGGCUCCUUACCUCCCGGCCCGGCUGCUGCGAAGCAGGUGAGCCACCCCUGGUUGGAACGCCAGGCUGCUCGCGUGCGGAGUUAGGACAGACGAGCUGGCUCGUGGCUCUGGGAAGAAGGGAGGGAGGCUGUGGGAUCUUUGCUCUGUGCUCUUCUCCUGUUGCUCCCAGGCUUGUUGCCUGGCAAGGCUUUUUACUUUACCGGCAGCUUUUAAAGCAGCAGCUUCUGCCUUAAGGGGAGACCGUGAGGUGCCUGUAAUGCGCCCAUUGUCCCCAGGGAGGACGCAGGCGGAGCUUCGGUAGGCCAUCCGCGGCCAAACCGCCACUCAUCGCCUUGUCAGAAGGCUGGGCUGGCAGUUCCGUCCCUCCUGGCUGGCAGGGCCUGGCCCCGGGGGGCUGCAGGCUUGGGAGGGGGACCCGGUGACGUUCCACAGUGGGGUAUAGCACUGACAGUAACAAUAAUAAUAGCAACAACAAAGAUGACGAAAACAAUAUUCUAUGUGGUUUAUAUGUUUAUUUACAUAAAUAACAUUUACUUCUCACCUGAGAGUUCGGUACAGACGGUACAUCUGGUGUACUUUUGGGAAACGGAGGCCCAGCUGUGAGUGGUGGAGCUGGUGGGGGUCCCGGUGUGGGCGGUGGAGCUGGUUGGGGGCCCCGGUGUGGGCGGUGGAGCUGGUGGGGGGCCGGUGUGGACGGUGCA